CUCCCGGUAGUACUCCAUCGCCUGCUGCUUCAGCUUCUGCAGCUCCCUAGUGGUCCCACAGCUGCGGCCGCCGCCUUCUUCCCCCAUGAUGAACACAUCUGAGAUUCAGGGCUAAGCACCUUGCCCAAGGCCACACAACAAAUAGGUGAUGGAGAGUGUUGGCGUGUACGGAUUCUGUGGGUGUAAAGCAAAGAACAAACUGAAGUGUGAUUCAAGGUGGGAAAUAACUGCUGCAGAAACAGCCCCCACAUCUGCAUAUUCAUCUCCAGCCCGGAGUCUUGGAGACACAGGAAUAACGCCUCUCUCUCCAUCCCAUAUUGUGAAUGAUGCCAACUCCAACGUCUCAGAACAGCAGACAUUUCUUGUUGUGGUGGCCAUCGACUUCGGGACCACAUCCAGUGGCUAUGCCUAUAGCUUCACCAAAGAGCCAGAAUGCAUCCACGUGAUGAGGCGAUGGGAAGGAGGUGACCCUGGUGUGUCCAACCAGAAGACCCCAACCACCAUCUUGCUGACCCCCGAGAGGAAGUUCCACAGCUUUGGGUAUGCUGCCAGGGACUUCUACCAUGACCUGGAUCCCAAUGAGGCCAAGCAGUGGCUGUACCUGGAGAAGUUCAAGAUGAAGCUGCACACUACAGGGGACCUCACCAUGGAUACAGACCUGACCGCAGCAAAUGGAAAGAAAGUCAAAGCUCUUGAAAUCUUUGCUUAUGCCCUGCAGUACUUUAAGGAGCAGGCACUGAAGGAGCUGAGUGACCAGGCGGGUUCAGAGUUCGAGAAUUCUGAUGUCAGAUGGGUCAUCACGGUGCCUGCCAUCUGGAAACAGCCGGCCAAGCAGUUCAUGAGACAAGCUGCUUACCAGGCGGGGCUGGCCUCCCCGGAGAACUCGGAGCAGCUCAUCAUUGCCUUGGAGCCCGAGGCGGCCUCCAUCUACUGCCGGAAGCUGAGGCUGCACCAGAUGAUCGAGCUGAGCGGCAAGGCGGUGGUCAAUGGGUACAGCGCCAGUGACACAGUAGGAGCGGGGUUUGCACAGGCUAAGGAACACAUACGGCGUAAUCGACAGAGUCGGACCUUUUUGGUGGAGAAUGUCAUAGGAGAAAUCUGGUCUGAGCUGGAGGAAGGUGACAAGUAUGUGGUUGUGGACAGUGGCGGAGGCACCGUGGACCUGACAGUCCAUCAGAUACGGUUACCAGAGGGACACUUGAAGGAACUGUAUAAAGCAACAGGUGGACCCUACGGAUCCUUGGGAGUAGAUUAUGAAUUUGAAAAACUUCUGUGUAAAAUUUUUGGAGAAGAUUUUAUCGAGCAAUUCAAAAUCAAACGACCUGCAGCCUGGGUUGACUUAAUGAUCGCAUUUGAGUCUCGCAAAAGAGCAGCUGCCCCAGACAGAACCAACCCACUGAACAUCACCCUGCCGUUCUCCUUUAUCGACUACUACAAGAAGUUCCGAGGGCACAGCGUGGAGCACGCCUUGAGGAAGAGCAACGUGGAUUUUGUGAAGUGGUCCUCCCAGGGGAUGCUGCGGAUGAGUCCCGAUGCCAUGAAUGCCCUCUUCAAGCCGACCAUUGACAGUAUUAUUGAGCACCUUCGGGACCUGUUUCAGAAGCCCGAGGUAUCCACAGUCAAGUUCCUCUUCCUGGUGGGCGGCUUUGCCGAGGCGCCCCUCCUGCAGCAGGCUGUGCAAACUGCCUUCGGCGACAAGUGCCGGAUCAUCAUUCCCCAAGACGUGGGCCUCACUAUCCUCAAGGGAGCUGUCCUCUUCGGCCUGGACCCCGCCGUGAUCAAGGUGCGCCGGUCCCCGCUCACCUACGGGGUGGGUGUGCUGAACCGGUAUGUGGAGGGCAAGCACCCGCCUGAGAAGCUGCUGGUGAAGGACGGCACUCGCUGGUGCACCGAUGUCUUCGACAAGUUCAUCUCCGCCGACCAAUCUGUGGCCCUGGGGGAGCUGGUCAAGCGUAGCUACACCCCAGCUAAGCCCUCCCAGCUCGUCAUUGUCAUCAACAUCUAUAGCUCUGAGCACGACGGUGUCAGUUUCAUCACUGACCCGGGGGUGAAGAAGUGUGGCACGCUCCGCCUGGAUCUCACGGGGACCAGCGGCACAGCGGUGCCGGCCCGGAGGGAAAUCCAGACCCUCAUGCAAUUCGGGGACACCGAGAUCAAGGCCACGGCCGUGGAUGUCGCCACCUCAAAGAGCGUCAAAGUGGGGAUCGACUUCUUAAAUUACUAGCCGCCCCUCCCCACCCCACCCCUGGACUCAGAUCAUCUGCGUUGCUGACCUCACCCUUGACGCUCUCCCUGGACCUGACCCUUGCCCUCGCCCGCCUGAAUUUCAGCAGGAAACAUGGGAAGAAGCAGGGCGAGAAAUACCUGGAGAUUUUGUUGUAGUCAGAACAAGAGUCAGAAAUGGAGAUGUAGGUGUGGAAAUAGGAAAUUCAAGUACCCUCGAAGAGCAGCUAGUUUUCAUAGGUAGCGGAGUGGUGACCCAUCCGCCUGACAAGGGAAUCUGUACUUUUCUGAAGCAGCAGUCAAGCUUUGCUUUGAACACAUUUCAGUUAAGUAGGAUUUAGGGAUGCCCUAUUGCCAUCUUUCUAGAUUUGAAAGAGUUUUGAGCCAGAAGGAGUUCUUCUGCCAUCUUUCUAGAUUUGAAAGAGUUUUGAGCCAGAAGGAGUUCUUCAUCUGAGAUCUCUUUGAAUUUUUUUUGGAGAGUAGUCAAUAGAAAAUGCCACCCAUCUGUAGUUAAUUUCUUCCCAUCAUCAUGGGAUUACAGUGGUGAUUCAGUGGGUGCUUGGAGUGAUUUCAGCUGGUGGGAGAAGACUGCCUACACGGGGCACUAUUUUAGGUUCUCGUAUAAUUUAAAUUCCGAGGAGGUUUGGUAAAGAAGCCUUGGCUGACCCACUGGGAUUUGGGGGAGUAGGAAUGGUAAUGCCUCGUCUUUUUAGAAGGUAAAAGUUUGUUGCAAUGGAAAUAGAUUUUAAGGAGCAGACUUAUCCCAAAUUACAGUCGUAUCCUCUUAUCUGUGGGGACCCAGGCCGAGAUCCCCAGCCUGAAGCCACAUGUGGUAUGGAACCCUGUCGCUUCUGUGUUUUUUCUAUACUUACAUAUCUAUGAGAAAGUACAGUUUAUAAAUUAGGUCCAGCGAGAGACGAUUGACAAUAACUAAUAAUAAAACUAGGACAAUUACAAAGCAUACUAUAAUAAAAUUUGUAUGAAUGUAGUCUCUCUCUCAGAAUAUCCUCUUAUCCUGUACUGUAUUUUUGACCAUUGGUUGACUGUGGUUAGCUGAAUCCACAGAAAGUAAAGCUGGGUACGGAGAAGCUACUGCCUAUGUUGGGAUAUAAUGUCUGGAAUGCCAAGGCGUGAUUUUCACAAGUAAUUCUCGUUCAUCUGGUAGGAAUUUAGUGUGAGAAAACGAGGUCACCCUUCUUACAUAUCACGCGAGAGGCUAGAAUAGCCCCUGCCUUGACAAACACACCGACUUUAAAUGAACCCCUUCCUCCUGCUCUUCCUCUUCUCCCUGAGUUUUGGCUGUUUCUUUCCACAUUGUGAAAGGGAUGCACUAGCGAAGUAUGAAAGUAGAAUCUGCUCCAUGAAAUGCUUCAUUAAACUUUCAUUUUCAAAUCUGCUCCACAAUAAAUGUGCAGAUUGGUACUUGAUGGAUUCAGCUGGGCUUUUUUUUUUUUUUUUUUCCUAAAGCAAAUCUGUGGCUCACAGAAUUGCCUGGGUGCUUGUUAAGAGCAGGUUCCUGGAUCUUAUCUCUUUUUAACUGAAGCUAACUAGGAAGAAGAAGACCAGAGUCUGCCCUUUCUGUCUAUAUCACAAGUGACUGUGCUUCAGUUGGAAACUGAGCAUUACUAGCUCUAGGUUUUGUCAAAGCUGAAGCACAGGGCAGAGCCGGUGCCCUCCAUUCUUUCAUCAGUCAGAGAUCCCUCAGGGAGGAGGGUUCACCUCACACCUCUUCCUCUCAGGGAGUGGAGCUGGGGCCCCAACUAGCAGCCUGGGGAGGGCCCUUUUGACCCUUACAGGAGGGUUCUGAGGAGGGAAAAGAUGGUAAGAAAUGAGACCUGAGAACAGGGCUGGCUGAAGAAGUGUGACUACAUUUCUCGCCUGUUUCCGCCAACCUUCAGGAGCGGACUGAGGAUAAAGAUUCAAGGAUCUGACUCAGUCCGUCUGAUCUGUUCAGAGCUGUCUUCUCCACCUGCUGGAAUUCUUUCCGCUUUCCAAUCACUGGAGGCAUGCAUAAUGAAUGAGCAGGGAAUGCAAGAACAAACUUCCAAUGCAAGUUGGAUUCACAAACCCAUUAUCAUAGCCAAUAUGCAGAUUUUUAAAUAGCAUUGCAAAUCUCGUUUCAGCGUGUCUUCUUUUUCACAUCGCCUGCUGCAGAAUUUUCUGCUACAAUGUAAAGCGAACAAAACA